AUGUACGAGCGUGCACUAGAAUUGGGGGUGGAGUUCCGAUUUGGAGUUUUGGUCACAAAGCAGGAACUUUGCGUGCCAGAGGUUACCUUGGAGAGUGGCGAAAAUCUUGGUGCUGACCUUCUCGUGGCGGCCGACGGGGAUCUAGCAUACCUAGUUAUCCUUCGGGUUGACGAGAUCCAAGACGAUGAGCUGUGGAAUUUUGUCUCGACACCUAGAGUUUGCCUUUGGGCUGGUCCAGAAUGCCACGUCAUGCUCUAUCCCCUGAAGAAUAACACUUUGUGUAAUAUUGUGCUUCUAGUACCAGACAAUCUACCCGAGAACGUAACUAAGCAACCUAGAGAUCUAGAAGAGAUGCACGAGAUAUCCAAAGACUAA